AUGAUAUUACUUCAAUCUCAGUCAAGAUACCUCCUCCAGAUCUUGACAAACCGCGUUCAAAAUAUUGAUAAAGGAGUCGAGUUGGAUUGCCACUGGGUUGAAUUUGAUGACGUUCGUUACCAUAUUCAGGCAUCAAUAAAGAAUCCACAUCUUCUACAUCUAUCAGUAUCACUCCCCACUCCACCUCCAGAGACUGAAUUCUCAGGUGGCCUUCCAUUUGGAGCCAUUGAAGCUAUAAAAGCAGCAUAUGGUAGUGUUGUUCAUAUCCUUGAUCCUCCAAGAGAUGGCUUCAAUCUCACAGUUAAACUCAACUUGUCUAAACUUCCUUCACUUGAAGAAAUGAAACAAAAUCUUUUGGUAAAGAUUGCAUCUGUGAGAGAAGUGGUAAUGGGGGCCCCACUAAGAGUAAUCUUGAAGCGCCUUGCAUCAAGGUCUGUGCCCCCUAAUGUUGGUGUCCUUGUCCCCCUUCUCCAUCGACCUAAUGAAUCCUUCUUCAUUGUUCCUCAGAUUGAAAAGGUAACUGUGGUGUUCCCAAUGAGAUUCAAUGAUUCCAUUGAUACUGUUCUUGCUGCAUCAUUCCUACAGGAAUUUGUGGAAGCAAGACGUACAGCUGGACUUAAUAAUGCCCCUGCUUGUCUUUGGUCUUCUUCACCUCCUAAUGAACUCAAAGAAGCUCCUCAACAUGCUUUAUCUGCAAAUGCUGGUUUUGUUUCUUUUGUUAUCUCAACACGACAUGUAGAAGGAAAGAAACUGGACAAAACAGUGUGGAGUUUAUCAACAUUCCAUGCAUAUGUCAACUAUCAUGUCAAGUGUUCUGAAGGAUUUAUGCAUACUCGGAUGAGACGACGAGUCGAAUCAUUAAUCCAAGCAUUGGAUCGUGCUAAGUUAGAUGAGAAUGGCCCAGCAUCUCAAAGCAAAUCUUUUAAAAGACUGAGCAUUGAAGAAUCACGUGGAAAUUCGUAUUCGUAAAAGUUAAGUCAUUGAUACUUGUAAUGCUGUUUACUGUUACUUUUUUUUUUUUUUUUUUUU